AUGCCCCGCUCCCAGCAGCCUAGACACGACCACACCUGGCAUACAGAAAAGCCAGGAUAUAUCAUAAAGUGUCGUGAGGUGAGCAUAGCCUCGUUGCUGCUCGGCGUAAAAAGCAAAGCCAAGGCCUAUCAAUUGUUAUACGUCACUCAAGACGUGUACGAAAAGCCAGCCUAUGCGGUUACAACCAUCGUGGUUCCUGUCCGACCAAACUUCAAGCGCAUACUCUCCCUCCAAAUUGCCUAUGAUUCACCAGACAACAACUGCUCCCCGUCAUACGGGCUGCAGCAUGGCGUAGUUGGUGCGGCCGCCACUUGGAGCCGAACGCAACUAUACACCGUCCUCCCUUGGCUCCAACAAGGCCCUGUCAUGAACAUCCCAGACUACGAAGGCAUGAAUGCCGCCUUCACUGUCGGUCCCCAGAGUGCAUACCACACACUGGACUCAAUCCGUGCGGCCCUGGACUCCUACAACACCACCGGGAUCAAACCCAACGCCCGAACAGUUAUGUUCGGCUACUCCGGCGGCGCCUUCGCCUCAGAGUGGGCAGCCGAAUACCACCAGGAGUACGCACCGGAGCUCAACAUCGUCGGAGCAGUUCUCGGUGGCCCUCCCCCCAACAUCUCCAGCACUUAUGAGCAUACUAAUGGGGGGCCCAACUCGGAGCUGAAUGUCUGGGCCAUUCUGGGUGUGAUGAACGCAUACAAGAACAUCAGCGAUUUCAUACACAAGGACCUCAAGUCGACCCACAAGGACGCUUUUCUCGAUCCUCAGAAGCGCUGCAGUCGCUGUGAGCCACGUGAAACUGUCCCAGGGCCCCCCAUAAGCAAUGCCGAUAUCUCUAACUUUUUUACUAACCGAAACCAUUUCCUCCAUAAGUUCAAGGAUACCCUAGACUACAUUGGCGUCAUGGGAAAGAGAAGCUAUCCGAAGUUUCCUUUAUACAUCUACCAAGGCACGAACGAUGAUAUUACUGCCCCCGUGUCCCAUACGGAUGACUUGGUGAAAGACUUUUGCAAGAACAAUGUGAGAGUGACGUAUCAUCGGUAUUUGGGUCUAGAUCAUUUUGAGACCUCGUCUGCUGGGAUACAGCGUGCUUGGCUUUGGACGAUGAAUGCGUUCAAUUGUUCUAACUCACUACUCAAGAUCCCAUGA